CCCAUGUGGAGGUUGCGAACUGUCAACAUUGCCUCGCUCGCGUUUUAAAGAGUCGGAGACCGCACGAUCGCUCGACUUUCCGUUUUCUUCUUCAUCACAAAUCUUUUGGAAACUACACCGCAGAAAAACAAUCGAGAUGAAGGUUGUCGGAUCUACCUGCGCCCUGAAGAGCAAGGUCGGCGGCGAGGACAUGGUGCGCUGCCUGUCCGACCAGAGCCUGGCCAUCUCCAAGUGCAAGAUCCCGCUGCUGGACGAGCAGAUGAGCGCCUUCCUGCACGACAUGAACAGCUGCUACAGCAAGCUGAAGGAGCUCGUGCCCACCCUGCCCACCAACAAGAAGGCCAGCAAGGUGGAGAUCCUGCAGCACGUCAUCGACUACAUCUGGGACCUGCAGGUCGAGCUGGACGAGCCGGAGAAGAGCCGCCAGCACGGCGCCGGCGGCGUCCCCCGCACACCGCUGACCACGCUGAACGCGGAGCUCGCCAGCAUCGCAGUGGAGAACGGCUGCUCAGACGACAGGAUCAUGUGCCGCUAACAGCUCGGCGAACCCGCGAGCCCACGGCGAGCAGCGCCAAGAACGAACAAGGCUACCUGAUGUGACCACAUCAUUAGAAAAAAACCUUGAACUGUGUAAGGGACGUGUCAAACUCCCAACAAAAAAAGAAAAUGCUAGAACUAAAUAACGUUGCGUGGACAUUCUCCGGCGGCGAGGACCUCUGCCCCCCACCACCCCUCACCGGCUCUCGAUUCAUCCGAGGGGCCUGAGAGAAGAAGGGGGGGACCGGUAGUGUCCCAGGAAUAGACUGGGUUCGCCGGGGGACCCGAGACGAGUUCUGUGCAGCCAGCGUCGCUUGUUGCUUGUAGAGUUUCUAAAGAAAGCUAAUGAUUUUCUGUUACGCUCUUUAUAUCAUGUGUAAACCGUGUGUAGAGGAUUCAGCAUUUUGUAUAAGAAAAAGAAGUUUAAUUUUUCUCAGAUUCCUGAGCGACAAACUGUAUUGUAUAUUACAAUGCCUCAAUUAUGUGAAGAUAUUGUUUUCUUACAAUGUACCCUAUUGGUGUUUUUUAUUAAAACAAAGAUUAUUUUUGAACAAGAA